AUGGAGCACAUCGAUCUCGGCAUAAAGUAUGACCCGGCCAUCGGAAUCUACGGAAUGGACUUCUACGUCGUCCUCGCUCGCGCUGGUAGUCGUGUAGCCAAAAGAAGACGUGCUCCAGGACGCGUUGGACCCUCUCAUCGUGUGACACGCGAUGAAGCUGUAAAGUGGUUCCAGCAAAAGUAUGAUGGAAUUAUUCUACCGCCCAAGCCAAAGGUGAAGCGCGCCAUCCAUCGUAGACGUUAAACUGUCGUUAAUUGUUGAACACUAACCCGGUUAUGAAAAUAAAUUGUUGAUUUGUUUA